AUGGGCGGUAAUCUGGAUCGAUUCGACACUUCAGUUAUUCGAAAUAUUGAUGAAGUUCCGGAAGAGAAUAAUAAAUUUGAAAUACUAAAAACUCAUCAAUCAUCAUUCAUUGCAGAAGAAUUAAUUCAACCAAAGGCAUCGAGGCAUAGAAGGUAUUCUAGUUGGAUAUGUAGUUGUGAUGUAUCUAUUACUAAAGAACGUAUUAAACGUCAGCUUAAUCGUGGUAAAACAACAGUUGAAGAACAUGUAUGCUAUCCAUGGUUACGACGUUUAUUUUUCCAUUUAUCAAAUUACUUUCCUAAUCUUCAUACAUCUAGACCUUCAAGACGAUAUCGGCCUCAUACAUCCAUGUCAACAGCAUUAAACUUUCGACCAGCUAAUAAAAACGUCAGUGUGUGUACUUACAAAUCUCAUACAUCGUCAUAUAAAGAAAAUGAUGGUAAAAAAGUUGGUAAACAUAGUUCCAUUCAACGCGUUAAUUCAAUGACAAAAAUGUCAAUGAGUGCUUUCAGUUCUUCAGAUAUUACUAACAAUAGCUAUGAGAACAAUAAUAAUAAUAAUAAUGUUUCGAAUACUGGAUUCAAACGUAGACCAUUACAAAGACAAAAAUCUAAUGGAUUUACAGAAUUUACAGAACCAGAAAUGAAUUUUAAAGACAGAUUAACUUACAGUUCUUCAUCUGAAACUAGUAAUCUACGUUUACGACAAGCUAGAUUAACAACUACUCAAACAAAAUCAUCUGUAUUACCUGCUCAAAAUUACAGAUUAUAUAUGGAUUGUCCACAUAGUAAUCGACUACAAGGAGCAAAUGCGUUUUUAUCGAAAUCUUCAUUAUCAAUUAAUGAAACUACUAGAUCAAACAUAAUCACACCAAUCGUCUACGGUUAUUCUUCAACAAAAAUAAAAUCCCACCAGAAUUUACAAACGAUAAAAGAUGAACAGUACAUGAAUAAAUCAUCUGGUAUUCAUUUAACAGAUAAUAUGAUCAGACCAAUAAAUCGUCGAGCCCAUAUGAUUCGUUCAGCCAAUUUAAUUUAUGAUACAUUCGAUGAAUUGUCGAAUGAUUAUACUAUGAAUGAUCAGCAUAAGUCACUUCUGUCUAACUCUACACGAAUCUACAAUGAUAGUAACACUCAUAAAAAUAUAAAUCACUGUGAUUUGCCAGAUUCCGGCUUAUUUUGUACACUUAACGAUUUACCAUAUGAUCAAGAACCAGUGAAAAAACAUUUAGAAUCAUGGUUAAAAGAAGCUGUGACUAGAACAAUACAAGGAAAAACUCUAAUAAGAAGAAGUCAUAUGUCUCAUGUAAGCAGUGGUGAAGCACAAAGGGAACCACCAGAAACAGUUACACCACAACCACAUAGUUUCGAUGGACCGAUUUCACGUUAUCGUGAUGAAUUUACAACGAGUUAUGGUCAACGAUCUAUGGAGAAACCAUUCAGUAUGAGUUUGAACAUAUCAACAGAGAGUCCACAAAUCAAACCUCCAUAUAUUACCAGAGACAGUAUAGAUGGAUAUUCACCAUACUAUUAUGAAUCCAUGUUUGAGAAACAGCCAGAAAUCAUUAAUCAUAACAUAACUGAUAGGACUGAUGAAAGAGUAAAUUUAUCCUUAUCCGAUCAAGAUAAAUCGUACCAGCGAAAUAGUAUUAAUCCAAUGUCUGAUGUAAACAACAAAAAUCUUAAAUUCAUUCAAAAAUCCUCUUUUACUUAUGAUAAUAAUUUUACUGCUAUCAAGACUAGUAGUAUUGAUAAUAAUAAUCAAAUACCUAAUGAUUACACUAAUCAUGCAUUACCAUUAAUCCAAAAUAACGAUCGUCUACAAAUAACUCACGUAUCACGAGAACGUGCCAAUUCAUUCAAAGAAUCAGAUAAGAUAAAAGAAGAAUAUAGAUAUCGGUAUAACCAUUCCAAUGUUGAUAAUAAUAAAGCAGUUGUGUAUAGUACAGAUAAUAUCAAUAACAAUAUUUUAUCUUAUUAUGUAAAUGCUACAAGUCGGAAUACAGGAAGAUUAUCAAGUACAAUAAAAACCAAUCAAAGACAUAGUUUCAGUGAAAGGUUGAAAUUGUCUCGAUCGCCAAAUGUUAGAUCUUUACCAGAGAAAUAUCGUUUAACACAUACUCUAUCAGAUGAAAAUAGAAAUGAAAUUAUAUCUGCAACAAUGAGCACAACUAAUACAUCACAAUCAAUACGUAGAUUAUUAAAUUUCAAAAAAUCUCCCCAAACAUCGAUUGAUUUAAAUAAUACUAGUCAACAUGCAAAUGAGGAAUUGUAUAGACGUGGGUCAAAAUAUUCUAAUAUAUUAGAUCCAUCAUUAUCUAUGGACUGUAGCGCAUCUCAUCAACCGCAUCACGGCAUGUACGGAGAAAGACGAUACUCACGACAUUUAAAACCACUAGAUGCUUGGCAAAGUAGACAAUCACAUAGUAUGGAAAUUGUUUAUUCUACACCGACUAAUCAAUAUUCAUCAUCCAGUCCACAAAAACGUAGUCCAUUAUCGAAACAAGCUGCGAUUCGUAAACUACCAGCUAUUUACAGUCGAUCAUUACAACAUUCAACUUGUUCAUUUCCUGUUCAGUGGGGUGGUUUUCUUAGUGGACCAACAUUAUCCUUAACAUCAGCAUUUGAUUCAUCAAGUUUAACACCGGAUUCAUUAAAUCAUAAACAAUUUUUCCGUAGUUCACUUGAUUCUCAUGAACCAGUACAACUUACAGCAGGACAAAAACAACAACAACGUCAACAUUCACAAAAUCAAUAUAAGCAUAAAUUUUUCAUUUCACAAGAUCAUGCUCAUUCUGCUACAGAAUCCCCAAGAAAUCUUAUUUCAUUAACAGAAACAAUUAAUGAUAGUAGAAAUAUUAAAAGCUUACAACAAUCGCGUAUAAAUUUAUCACCAUGGCCAUAUAACACACAACUAGUUACACGUAAAGUACAUAGUUCUGAGUUAAAUCCUAACGCACAAUAUCAACAGUUACUACCGGACUUUGUAAGGAAUACUACAGUUUUAUUAAAAGUGAGAGACAAUCUUCCAAAGACACAUUCAACGUCCUCAUCAAGACGUGGUUCAGCAAUUAGUAAUAAUUCUGUAUUCAUAUUGAAAGAAAUGAAAUCGAAAUUAAAUAAUGAUAUGCUGUCCUCUUAUGACUUGAUAUCCAAUAGUACUACUAACUAUACUGACAACACUGUACUACAUCCUUCAUCUGUACAGAACUGUAAAACCAAACAAUUAGAAAAGCUUAUACCGCCAGAUUUGAUAUUUAGUCCAGCAUCACGACGUGCUUCAAUGAUGGACGACGAUAUAUCAAGUGUUCAACCUUCAAUGUUAAAUAUCACAAGCGAUUUGGAAGAGUUCUAUUUGAAUCAUACAGAAAACAAUAAUAAUAUUUCUGUUAUAUCAAAUAACCCAAUUGAUAAACAUCAUCAAGAUAUUACUGAUUCACAAAACCAUACAAAAAAAAUUCAAUAUAACAACAAUCAAUCGGAUAAACUAAUGUCAACCAAUUUAGUUGAACCUAAUUGUCUAAAUUCAUUGCCUCAUCAACAUUUUACUUUAAAAUAUAAUCGACAUAAGUCAGCCGAUACAUAUAUUCCACCAGAUGGAUUGAAUAACUUACAAAAUUUGUAUUUUGACAGAAAUAAUGCUAGUGUUAAACCAAAUACUAGGUAUCUGUCACAAACUUAUUUUAAGCCAACACAACAAAGUCUGACACCACCACGUUCACCUUUAUUAUUGAUUAAUAAUAAUAAUAAUAGUAAUAACAAUAAUCAUAAACAUGAAGAUGGUCAUUUAAAUUGUCACUAUCAAUCACAAAUACGUGUAACGUGUUGUUCACAGAUUGAUAUGAGAAGUUUACAAAAUGGAUGGAAUUCUAUGCAUCAACUGGUUGAUAAUAAUUAUAAAUACAAAAUGCAACAUCAAAUCAAUACAAAUAACUCAAUCAGUAAACCAUCAAUAGGAAUUUAUAAUUCCGAUUACAAUUUAACAAAUCAUUUUCAAGAACCACUCUUUUUAGAUGAAGGACAUAAUUGUGAAGAUAUUAAUUGUAUUUGUAAAAGAAGAACUUCGGUAAACCAAACACAAUCAAUAUCAGAUGAAGAACAUACGGAUGACAGAUCAUUACCGAAAUCAUUAAUUAAGUCGGAAAUGAAAAAUUUUAAGGGUAAAGAUUAUCUUUUUAAAAGUACACGUGGCAGUGAUACUAAUAUCAUUGAUCCACAGUUGCUUAAACCUUCAUUAGGGCCAGUUAUCGAUAGUAGUGAUGAGAAUACAAGCGAUAUAUGUGAUGAUGAUUACAAUGAUGAUGUUGGAAGAAUACAGACAAUGAACAUCUGCAUUACAGAUACUCCAUUACAAUCAAAGACAUAUCAUAAAAAUAAAAAGGACUCAAAAGCAGAGAACGUUGAUUCUAGACAAAUAAAAACUGAUAGUCAUGCGGCUAGACGAAAAAGUUUUCUGGCAAACUAUUGGCAACAAACUAUUCAACAAGAUGAUGAACUAAGUAACGAAGACAUAGAAGUUAAUAUAAAUGAAUCAGAUUAUGAAUUCAAUCAAACAAAAAUCAAAUCAAAUAGAUAUGAAUCAACAAGUGGACUGAAUCAUUACAGAACUAAAUACCAUGCUGAAAAUGACAGUAUUAAUGGUAAUGACAACAUCAAAGAUUCAUCACUAUUACAAAUAAAUAAAUCUAUAAAUACACGAAGUAAAUCUAGUGAAUCUGGAUUAAACUACUUUAAUAACCCUAAUAGUAGUAACACGAACAAUGCUAAACUACUAAACAGUCGAGAACUACCUUCAAGCCAACAACAACACCAGGAUUAUUCUAUCAAAAAAAAGUCUCGAAGAAAGCCAAAAUAUCAUUAG